CUCUGACUGACAUUCACCGCCACUUGCGCUCGCACUCAUCCCCCAGCCCUCUCCCACCUUACUACUCUACUCUCAUCAGCUCCCCCUCACGGAAUAGUCAUGUCCGAUUCUGAAGGCGACAUCUCUGACGAGCUCCUCGAGCUGGCCGGUGCUACAGAGAAGAAGCGCCGAAAGCGUCAAGCACAAGGAUCCGGAGCGAAACGGCGCAGAGCUGAGGGACCAGAAGAAGCGUCGGAUGCGGAUCAAACAGAGAGCGAAGACGAAGAAGAAAGGAAUCCAUACCCGUUCGAGGGCAAAUAUGUGGACGAGGCAGACAGGCAACGUCUCCUCAGUAUGUCCGAGAUCGAGCGAGAGGAUAUCCUGGCACAGCGACAAGAGGAGAUGCAACGCAUACAAGACAAGCGGAACCUCGAGCAGAUGUUGAAAGCUCAGAGUGGACACGGCGAAGAUAGCGUUUCCAAAGCGGCGAAACGUCAACACACUGUGCGUGGCGCCACCAAGGAGAAGACUCGCAAGCUCGAUGAAUUGAGGGCCAAGCGAAGGGAGAAGGACGAGAAGAAACGCACUAGGACCAAUUCUCCAAAGCGCGCCCGAUCUUCUUCGCCCGCUGACAUGGACAUUUCGGACGAAGAGGAAGAGGACGGCCAGAUCAGCAAAUUCGAGGAGGAGGAAGAGAGGGAUCGGAGGUUAUACGACAAACUACAUCCCGAAAAGGGGAAGUUUGAAGACGAGAGCAUCACGCUGGAGGACCUGGAGAAGGUGCGACUCUCGAGAGACAUGUUGGUGCGUCUGUCAGCGACGCCAUGGUUCGAGGAGACAGUCAAAGGGGCGUGGGUCAAGUAUUUGCAUGGCUCGAAGGACGGGCAGCCAACGUACCGCAUGUUCGAGGUUAUCGGCGUGUACAAGGAUGGGCGGCACUAUGAAUUCAACGGUCGCAAGAUCACAACACACCUCGGCCUACGAUACGCCCUCCACGACCGCCCAUACGCAAUGGAUAGGGUAUCCAACGCCACCUACACUGAGGCAGACUUCGAUGAGUGGAAGAGCUUGUCGAAGGACAAGCAAUCCUUCCCGACGAAGCGCGAGCUCCGCGAAAAGAGCGCACAAAUCGCCAAGAACGCUACAAGAGACAUCACAGAGAGCGAUAUCAAUGAGAUGCUUGCUCGCAACCUGCAGGACAAAUCUUCAGGGGCAUCACUGGCGGCCCAGCACGCCAGGCUGAAGCAGAUGCGCAUGCUCGCCACCCGCCGACAAGACUGGAAAGAGGUUGAGCAGCUCGACAAGCAGAUCGCGGAUGUUGAGGCGAAGAUGCCGAAGAAAGAGGAGAAGGAGGAGAAGCAACCGAGCCGUGGGGAACUCCUUGCAGAGGUCAACCGGCGGAAUCGCCUCGCAAACAUGGAGGCCGUCCGCCAGGCUGAGUUACGCGAGGCGGAGCGCAAGCGCCGUGAACGCAAGCUCCUCGCUGCAUCCGGCGCAGGUACGCCCCGCGCGGCGACGCCGAAGAAUGGAUUGAAGCCGUUCAGCCCAAGGCCGGGAACACCAGCGACUUCGGCUGCAGCAGACCACACCACGUCUCCGCUGCCGUCCUCUGCAGCGUCGGCAACACCAGCGGAUACCUCCACGAACUUUGAAGCAUCCAUCAUCCAGUCUGUCGAAAUCGACCUCGGGGACUUCUAGGUGUCAACGCACGUCUCAUCAAGGCUACCUCGUUCACAGGCUGAGGUUCGCAUCCGUCCUGACUCCUGAUACGGCACUAUCAUACGCACUACGUACAUACUGCAUCGCUGAUCUAUUUCACACGUCGCAUACCCCGCCUUAACGGCCCAAGCUCGAGUUGUACCAUAUACAUGUUAGCAGACGCUACUUCGCAAUUCGGUGUAGGUGGUGACCACAGGUGUUCACCGGUUCUUGACGUAUGCUGCCCAUGCAUGGGAGCCCCUGGGUGUCCGCAAUCUCCUCCUUAUGUUUUGGAAGGCCGCCGUCGUGAGGCCGCCUGGGGCCCGAAUGCGGGGCUGCUACUCGUCGGGCAUCUCAAUAGUCGUAGUGGUCGUGUUAUGCACGCUGAGAGGCGAUGGAUGGUAGUGUUCAUGCCCUCGUCAAAGUCAUAGUAUGAA